AUGCAGCUGCUCCUUCUCCUGUCCCUGCUGCUGCUGGCCUCCACGCCAGGGUCUUGGGCUCAAAAAGUGAGGCGCCAGAGCGACACCUGGGGCGCCUGGGGUGAGUGGAGCCCCUGCAGCCGGACCUGUGGAGGAGGCAUCAGCUUCCGGGAGCGCCCUUGCUACUCCCAGAGGAGAGACGGAGGCGCCAGCUGCGUGGGCCCUGCGCGCAGCCACCGCACCUGCCACACGGAGAGCUGCCCAGACAGCGUGCGGGACUUCCGGGCGGAGCAGUGUGCAGAAUUCGAUGGCACCGACUUCCAGGGUCGGCGCUACCGGUGGCUGCCCUACUACGCAGCCCCCAAUAAGUGUGAGCUGAACUGCAUUCCCAAGGGGCAGAACUUCUACUACAAGCACAGGGACGCUGUGGUGGACGGGACACCCUGUGAACCCGGCAAACGAGACAUCUGUGUGGAAGGCAUCUGCCGAGUCGUUGGCUGUGAUCACAAGCUGGACUCAACCAAGCAGGAGGACAAGUGUCUGCAGUGUGGGGGCGAUGGUUCAUCCUGCUACCCAAUCACAGGAACCUUUGAUGCCAAUGAUCUCAGCAGAGGUUACAACCAGAUCUUCAUCAUUCCUGCUGGGGCCACUAGUAUUCACAUCGAGGAAGCUGCUGCCAGCAGGAAUUUCCUGGCCGUGAAGAGCAUCCGCGGCGAGUACUACCUCAAUGGGCACUGGACCAUUGAGGAAGCCCAGGCUCUUCCGGUGGCCAGCACAGUCCUACAAUACGAACGGGGUGUGGAGGGAGACCUGGCUCCUGAGCGGCUCCAGGCACGGGGUCCCACCUCGGAGCCCCUGGUCAUCGAGCUCAUCAUCCAGGAAUCCAACCCCGGAGUACACUACGAGUACUACCUGCCCGUGAACGACCCCGGCCGAAGUUUUAGCUGGAGCUACGGCUCCUGGGGUGACUGCAGCGCUGAGUGCGGUGGAGGUCACCAGUCCCGCCUGGUAUUCUGCACCAUCGACAACGAGGCCUAUCCGGACCACAUGUGCCAACACCAGCCUCGGCCAGCCCACCGACGUUCAUGUAACACUCACCCUUGUCCGAAGACCAAGCGGAUCUCUUUCCUGCACCGGCCUGGAGCGUGGCGCUAUGGUGGGGCCCAGCAUGUGUGUGGGAACAGCUGGAAAGUAGGACCAUGGGCGCCCUGCUCAGUCUCCUGUGGGGGUGGAUUCCAGUCUCGCUCUGUCUACUGCGUGUCCUCGGAUGGCACUGGUGGCCAGGAAGCUGCUGAGGAGACCCAGUGUGCCGGCCUAGCUGGGAAACCCCCUACCACACAGGCUUGCAACCUGCAGCGCUGUGCAGUCUGGAGCGUGGAGCCCUGGGGAGAGUGCUCGGUUACAUGUGGAGCUGGCAUCAGGAAGCGGAGUGUCACUUGCCGAGGGGACGAGGACUCUCUGGUCCACCCCGCAGCAUGCUCCUUGAAGGACCAGCCAACCCUCACAGAGCCCUGUGUGCGAGAGGCCUGUCCUGGGUUCCGUGGCCAGGCCUGGCAUGUCGGCUCGUGGAGUCUAUGCUCUAAAAGCUGUGGUUCCGGCAUUCGGAGACGGCAGGUCGUUUGUACCAUUGGGCCGCCCGGUCGCUGUGUGGACCUGCAGUCGUCCAAACCUGCAGAGGUAGAAGCCUGCAACAGACAACCCUGCCAUCUUCCUCAGGAAGUUCCUAGUAUACAGGACUCGAGGACCCGCCCCUCAGACCCCAGGAUGCUGUCAGGCCCCCAAGUGUCUCCCGUUGGAGAUGCCAGAGACCAGCAGUGGGCUACCCUGGAGAGACCCAGGGCUCAGAGUAACCCCAGAGAGGGUCAGGACCCCCACCUGUCACCUGCAGGCCGGGCCCCAACCCUGCAGCAUGCGCCACACCAGCCACCCCUGAGGCCUAGCUCAGGGGCCCGUGACUGCAGACACAGCCCCCAUGGGUGCUGCCCUGAUGGCCACACACCAUCUCUUGGGCCACAGUGGCAAGGCUGUCCCCUGGCUGGGGCCUCAUGUCUUAGGAGCAGGUACGGAUGCUGCCCUGACGGAGUGUCUGCAGCUAAGGGGCCCCAACAGGCUGGUUGUACCAGGUCUCACAGCAGUGACAAUACUGGAAACAGGCCAGGGUCCAGGGCAGUAGUUUCCAAGGACCCCAAGAUCCACCAAUCUCAGGCCCAUCCAAGCGAGACCAGCGAGUGUCGAAGCUCUCAGUUUGGCUGUUGCUAUGACAAUGUGGCUUCUGCAGCUGGUCCUCUGGGGGAAGGCUGUGUGGGUCAGCCCAGCUAUGCCUACCCAGUGCGGUGUCUGCUGCCCAGUGCUCAAGGAUCGUGUGGAGACUGGGCUGCCCGUUGGUACUUUGUGGGAUCAGUGGGCCGGUGCAACCGCUUUUGGUAUGGCGGUUGCCACGGGAACGCCAAUAACUUUGCUACGGAGCAGGAGUGCAUGGACACCUGCCGGGGGCAGCAUGGGCCCCGCCGCCCUGAGGCAGGAGCAGCUGGACAUCGUGUCCACAUGGAUGGUGGUCAACAUGGUCCCGGAGGCCAGCAGGAACCUGAUUGGCACAGGAUAGAAGCCACAGUCCCGAGACUGCCCUCACCUUCUGGAAGCCCUUGGUCAAGAGAACAAGAGCCUGGACCGGGGCAGGCGCCACACAUCCCAGCCCAUGGGAAACGGCCCAGAGUCCCUGGACUGGAUAGAGAUGCUAGGCCACCAGUGCGGCCUACGCACAGCCCCUCCUACAGGAUCAACUUGGCAGGCUCGGAACCGUCCCUGGUACAGGCAGCUCCAGGGCAGGCGGUCCAACUCUUUUGCCCUGGCAACAUCCCCCCGGAAUUCCAGGCAGGGUGGCAGAAAGAGGGCCGGCCCAUCUCCUCUAACAGGUACCAGCUACAGGCAGAUGGCUCCCUCAUCAUCAGCCCCUUAAGGCCGGAGGAUGCUGGCAUCUAUAGCUGUGGCAGCCACAGGCCAGGCCAUGAGCCCCAGAAGAUACAGCUUCGAGUCACAGGGGGUGACAUGGCAGUGUUGUCUGAGGUCCAGCCGAGGCAUUUCCCUGAGACCAGGAAUCCAGACCCUGGUCACGGUCCUCGGAACCGUGGAAUAGGAGCGGGAGCUGGGGGCCACAGGGUUCUCUCUUCCUCACACCCUAGGCCUGCCACCAGGCUACGUCUGGACCGGACUCAGCCUGGAGUGGUAGAUGCCAGUCCUGGCCAGCGGAUCCAGCUCACCUGCCAUGCUGAAGGCUUCCCGGUCCCCACCAUUGAGUGGCAAAGAGAUGGGCAGCUGGUCUCUUCUCCCAGGCACCAGGUGCAGCCUGAUGGCUCUCUGGUCAUCAGCCGAGUGACUGUGGAAGAUGGUGGCUUUUACACUUGUGUUGCUUUUAAUGGGCAUGACCGAGACCAGCGCUGGGUCCAGCUGAGAGUUCAGAGGGAGCUGACAAUCACAGGCCUGCCUCCUGCCGUGACUGUGCCAGAGGGUGACACUGCCAGGCUUCUGUGUGUGGUGGCUGGAGACAGUGUGAACAUUAGGUGGUCCAGGAACGGACUGCCAAUACAGGCUGAUGGCCACCGUGUGCACCAGUCCCCAGAUGGCACACUGUUGAUCCACAACUUGAGGCCCAGGGACGAAGGCUCUUACACAUGCAGUGCCUUCCGUGGGAGCCAGGCUGUGAGCCGCAGCACUGAGGUGAAGGUGGCUCUCCCAGCACCGGCCGCACAGUCCAGGGACCUAGGCAAGGACUGCAUCGACCAGCCGGAGCUGGCCAACUGUGCGCUGAUCCUGCAGGCCCAGCUCUGUGGCAAUGAGUAUUACUCCAGCUUCUGCUGUGCCAGCUGCUCCCGCUUCCAGCCGAACGCCCAGCCCGGUUGGCAGCAGGGAUGAAGGCUGGCUGUGGCACCAGCUCUGGAUAGUUUGCUGGGAGAAGGGAUGGUAAGACGUGGCUUGCAGAGGGAGUCAUCUUUCAGAUAUCCAGGGUUGAGCCCCAGCAGCUGCCAGUGCUGGCCUCCCCUCUAGUGCUCAGCAGUGUCUGCCUGAUGUGACCACGGGCUGCUGUGAAGAGGAACCCUUUACACCUUCCCUCUCUAGUUUCUGCUGCAUCGAGGACCUUUUAUCCGAAAUGCUUUGGACCAAAGUGUUUUAAACUUGUAGACUUUACUAACUGAGCAUCCCUAACCUACGAUUCUGAAUUGCUCUGAAGCUUGAAGCACCCAAAUGCCAUGUCAGCCUUCAAAACUGUCUGGGUUUCAAAGCACGCUUGGUUUUGGGUGAGGGAUGCUCAAUUUGUCCUGAGAUCUACUCACCACUGUAGAGCAGCUGGGUGGGAUGUCUGUGACGGGAGGGGGUGGGGACUGCUCUGUGGGUCAGUAGGGAGCAGUCACUCAGGCCUUUUCAUCUUCCUGGCAGUGGCACAGCUGCCUUCACCACCAUCGCUGUGGAGCUCACAGUGUAAGCUUGGGAAAGCACUCAGCAAGGCAGAAUAACCACCAGGCCUCAGUGCAGGGAGGCGGGAUGGAAAACCAGAGAGCCUGAUAAUCUGUGUGUCUCUGUGAAAAACUGGGAAAGAACUACACUGCAGGGACACAACCUCCAGGGGUUCCUGAGAGGCAGGCUGGGAAGGUUCACAGCUUAUGCAGCUAACUGGCCUGCUCAGAGUAGGAAAGAGCCAUCUUCCUUCGGUAGGAAGCUUUGGAACAUACUUGUUGCUAGACAGAAUCAAGACUAUGCUGGGGCCUGGUGAGAUGGCUCAGUGGUUAUGGCACUCAGUGCCAAACCUGCUGCCCGGACUGUGUUCUCUGCAACCACCCUGGUGGAAGGCAGAACUGAAGCAGGCCAGCUGGGACUGCCACGCGCAUGUGUGCACACAACGGUAUAACUGUAAAGUCUCUAGAACAGCAGCUGGGAAUGGUGGUACAUGCCUACAAUCUCAGUGCUUGGGAGGCUGGGCCAGCGUGAGAUCCUGCCUCAGAGUAAACAACCCUCAGAACCCAGCAUUAGCGGGAUGUGGGUGCACUGUGACGAUCAGGGCAGUGGUUUUAGUAGUCUGAGCUGUAGGAAGGCAUCCUUCAUCUUUUAGAAUUCUGAUUUCUUACUGCUCAAGAAAGAGGCCAGGAUUUAGUGAGUUUCCAGGGCUCUUCCCAUUUUAACUUCUGUCACUCCUCUGGAAGACCAUCUAGAGCCGGUCUAGUAACAUAGGUUACUCUGAGGCCAAAGUUCGGACAUUGGCCAGAAUACAAAGCUUUGUGUGUUUAUGCCGUCUCCAGCCAUUUUGCUCAAGAAGAGAGCUAAGGAAUAUCUGGGUGCCAGAUAUUUUUGUUUGCAGGUAGAAGCAGGGGCUAAACUGGGAGGUGAGGGAUGAACUGUUCUAGGUCAGAGUCCUGAACCUCAUUCUACACAGAGCACACAAGUGACUUUUCAGUCUAAAGCACAGCUUGGUAGCCUCCCUCUCCUCACUGAUAUUCUGAUUUAUUGGCCUUGUGAGUAGGCCAGAUAUUAUAGGUGAUGUGUGAACAUGCCUGUGUGUGCACUGGGGAUCUCAUGCAUGUAAGCAUGUUCCACUGAGCUAUACUUUGGGUAAUUCCAAGCUAAGACUGAGAAGCAGGGCUGUCAGGCACAGUGGUACACGUCUUUAACCCCAGCAUUUGAGAGACAUAGGUAGGUGGAUCUCUGAGCUCAAGGCCAGCCAGGACUACACAGUGAGACCCUGUCUCUGCACACACAGCUCCACUCUACCCUUGGGUUGGGGCUUCUUGGUGUCGUCUAUACUACUGCUGUAGAUCAAAUUCUGAGCGCCAAAGAGCCCAGUCAAACCCAUGAAAUUUAAGGAUAUACUAAUCCAAAAAAGAUUUUAUAGUCACAAGCUAGAAAUCAGCAGUAGAGAGAGAAUUAGGUCAAAAACUAGAACUAUAAACUCAUUUGCAAGUAAGAACAGCCCUUCAUGGGCAGAAGCUCUACCACGAACAUUUAUUCUGUUAAAGCAGAUUGUAAAUUUUCAUCAGUACAAAUAUAUAUAUAUAUAUAUAUAUAUAUAUAUGUAUGUAUAUAUAACUUACAUUUGAUUGUAAGGCCAACGUCCGAAAGUAAAAAUGAGAUGGGACCUCACGUUGUUACCCACUGUCAAGUAGCUGCAACUGGCAUGGGAUGUUCUGUUCAUGGUGGGGCAGAAGAGACACAGACAGAGCACAUAAACCAGAAUCUCAUCCCUGUGAAACUUACAGCAACGAAACUUCAAGGACAGAACCCAUUAAGACCCACAUUACAAACCAACACAAUAGCCUGCAUUCCCUUUUCUGGAUAUGAUUAUGUCAUUGUCACCUUAAUGCUAGAGGAUUAACAUAAGGAAAUUGCAAUGAUACACAAAGAUUCAACACAUUCCCUAGAGCGUAGAUUGAUUCCAUUAAAAUAACGUUAGAAUCUCACGUCUGAAACCAGGACAACACUGCUCUCAUCGUAUCAGAAGUACUGCCUAGCGACUGCGCUGGUCAUCAGUAGAUUGGUUUGCAAUGUGCUACUCAGUUAACGAUGAGUGAUCACAAAGAAGCCAGGCUCCGCCUACAACUUCCAGCCCUUCCUCCUUUUCCUUCCAUAGGCGUCAAUGAUAAAUCAAUCUUAUGUACAGUCUCUUACGUCUAACCUGCGCACUUUUGGCAAGAUUACUUACAACUUAUACAGCUUUUAAUAUUGAGAACUAUUUAAAAUAUUCUAGGUGCAUAAAAAUAAAGAUUUUGGCUUUUUUGAUAUAUA